AUGGCUCGCGAAAGUAGCGCUGGAUUUGAUAGACACAUUACAAUAUUUUCUCCUGAGGGAAGAUUAUAUCAAGUUGAAUAUGCACUAAAGGCAAUCAAUCAAGGUGGACUGACAUCUGUGGCCCUGCGUGGUACAGAAGCGUCAGUCGUGGCUGCACAGCGUAAGGUGCCCGAUCGCCUCUUGGAUCCUUCAUCUGUAACACAUCUAUUCUCCCUCACCAACAAUAUUGGCUGUGUCAUGACUGGCAUGAUUGCGGAUAGCAAGUCUCAGGUGCAACGCGCGCGUUACGAAGCAGCCAACUGGCAGUACAAGUACGGUUGUGAGAUUCCCGUGCACGUGCUGUGUCGCCGCAUCGCAGACAUUUCUCAGGUUUACACGCAAAAUGCUGAAAUGCGACCACUUGGAUGCAGCAUGAUGCUGAUAGCGUACGACCCCGAGAGCGGGCCGGCCGUGUACAAGACGGACCCGUCGGGCUACUACUGCUCGUACAAGGCCGUGGCGGCCGGCGCCAAGGCCACCGACGCCAACGCCUACCUCGAGAAGAAGCUGAAGAAGCGGUCGGCGCUGGGCACGGACGAGGCGGUGCAGCUGGCGGUGGCGUGCCUGGCGCAGGUGCUGGCCGUCGACUUCAAGCCCUCCGACAUCGAGAUCGGCAUCGUCACCAAGGACGACCCGCGAUUCCGUGUGCUGACCGAGAGCGAAAUCGACCGACACCUGACCGCCAUCGCAGAGAAAGAU